UUGAUAUCAACUAUGAGAAAUGAAUCAACUCUAUGGUUGUUGUUCAUUCUUUUAACCUUACAUUGUUUUCAUCAUGUUGUUUCAGAGAAAAAGCAGUUGACUGAUGAUGAUUCCGAUGGAGAUGAUUUAGAUUCCAGUAAAAAUCAUCAGAUUCGAGGUCAUGAUGGAGAUAAUCAAAUGAGAUUGUCAGAUGUGAACAAAAAAGAUUCUGAUGAAUCUCUUACGGAAGAAGCGAAAAGAGGUAAUAUUUUUUACGAAUUAGCGAGCAAACUAUUGAACAGUUCAAAAGCGGACAAACCAAAAGCUUACAGUCUACUUGUGGAUUCGGCGAAACUGAACAACACCAAAGCCAUGGAAAUAGUUUCACAAGCGCUGAUUUUUGGUGAUAAUCUUCCCAUCAAUUUGUCUCUCGCCCACAGUUUCCUUACAACUCUUGCAGGGCAAGGAAAUACUAAGGCUCAGAUGCUGCUCGGUUUUCUUUAUGCAAGUGGACUUGGAGUUGAAGCUAGUCAGGCAAAAGCUUUUCUUUAUUACACAUUCGCUGCCACAGGAGGUAAUCCGGUCGCUCAAAUGGCUAUUGGAUAUCGACAUUGGGCUGGAAUAUCUGUCAUUCCAAGCUGUGAAUCAGCUCUUAAUUUCUACAAAAAAGUUGCCAAAAAGGUGGAAGAGGAAGUUUCGUUUUCUGGAGGAACAACAAUCCAACGAGUUCGUCUUCUUGAUGAGUUGGAAAAUCCUGGUUCUUAUUCUGGUAUUCUAGACGAUGAUCUAUUACAAUAUUAUCAAUUCUUGGCCGAUAAAGGUGAUGUCCAUGCUCAGGUUGGUCUCGGUCAGUUACAUUACCAAGGAGGCAGGGUUGAACAAGAUCAUGCAAGAGCUUUAAAUUAUUUCCAACAAGCAGCUGAGGCUGGAAACGCAAAUGCUAUGGCAUUUCUGGGAAAGAUGUAUCUGGAAGGAAGCUCAGUGGUCCAGCAAAGUAAUGAGACCGCUUUAAGAUACUUCAAAAUGGCUGCUGAAAAAGGAAACUCAGUUGGACAGAGUGGGCUUGGUGUCAUGUAUUUGUAUGGUAAAGGUGUCGAAAAAGAUUAUCAAAAAGCUUUCAAAUAUUUUUCUCAAGCGGCGAGUCAAGGUUGGGUUGACGGACAAUUACAAUUGGGAAUCAUGUAUUUCAAUGGACUCGGUGUUACUAAAGAUUAUAAAACGGCGAUUAAAUAUUUCACUAUGGCUUCUCAAUCAGGCCAUGUCUUAGGGUUUUACAACUUGGCUCAAAUUCAUGCAUCGGGAACUGGAAUUUUAAGAUCUUGUUCAACCGCCGUCGAAUUAUUCAAAAAUGUCGCUGAGAGAGGUAAUUGGGGAACCACUUUGAUGAGCGCUCAUGCCGAUUAUAAAGAGGGCCGAAUUGCUGAAGCUUUUAUCAAAUACAGUUUCAUGGCUGAACUCGGCUACGAACAAGCUCAAAGUAAUGCGGCUUUUAUUCUCGAUCGAGGUGAAGUUGAUUUUUUCCCGAAAAACGAGUCACUUGCUCGAGCUUUAAUGUAUUGGUCACGAGCGGCAGCCCAAGGUUAUUCUAUUGCUCGAGUUAAACUGGGUGAUUAUUAUUAUUAUGGACUUGGUACCGAAGUUGAUUAUGAAACAGCGGCGGCCCAAUAUCGAAUGGCAUCCGAAUUACAAUCAAAUGCUCAGGCACUUUUCAAUUUGGGUUUUAUGCACGAACAAGGAUUAGGAUUAAAAAAAGAUUUCCAUCUCGCUAAACGUUAUUACGACAUGGCCGCUGAUUCAUCAGCUGAUGCUCAUGUUCCAAUUGCGUUGGCUCGUCUUAAAUUGGCCUUUGUUUAUGGCCUUGAGUCGCUGAAAAAAUACAAUUGGGCUCAAGUAGCGUCUCAUGUUAAUGUUACAAAAGUUUUAGGUCCUGAUUGGGAUCUUUAUUUGAUGACCGCUCUCGCUCUUCUAUUAGGCCUUGUUGUUUAUAUUCGUCGAAUGCCUCAACCAUGAGAGAAAAAUUAUCUUGAUGGAAAAUAAAAUUCAUUUUAUUUAUUUA